AUGGGCACUGAGAAACAGUCUCAGACUGCCUCCACCCCCUCCCACUCUCCCCUCUCCGCACCCGCCCACACCCUUCCCUAUGCUUCCGUCUUGCAAGAGCUUUCUGUCAACUCAGAAGAAGGUCUCAGCACCCAGGAAGCAAAGUCCCGCCUUCAGAAAUGGGGACCCAACGAACUCGAAGGGGACGAGGGCAUCUCCCUCGCGAAGAUUAUCAUCCGCCAGGUGGCAAACGCAAUGAUGCUGGUCCUCAUCAUCGCCAUGGCCGUCAGUUUCGGCAUUGAAUCCUGGAUCGAAGGCGGUGUCAUCGGGGCCGUUAUCGCCCUGAACAUCAUCGUAGGCGUCUACCAGGACUACGCGGCCGAGAAGACCAUGGACUCGCUACGCGGCCUCAGUUCGCCCACAGGAGUCGUCACCCGUGACGGCAAGACGGGCACCAUUCCCGCUAUGGAGAUCGUCGUAGGUGAUAUGGUCGAUUUGAAAGUGGGAGAUACAGUUCCGGCUGAUUUACGACUAGUGGAGACGAUGAACUUUGAAACAGACGAAGCCCUUCUUACUGGCGAAUCCCUCCCCGUUACCAAAUCAUCCACUACUACCUUCCCCGCUGACACUGGACCCGGCGACCGUCUCAAUGUCGCAUACAGCUCCUCCACCGUCACCCGGGGCCGCGCGCGCGGCGUGGUGAUUAGCACUGGCAUGAAAACCGAGAUCGGUGCGAUUGCUGCGGCACUCCGUGAGAAUGGCAACCAGCGGCGCCGGCCCGUCCGUCGCGGUCCUCAAGGCGAGACCAAGAAGCGGUGGUACGUGGUGGCUUGGACAUUGACAUGCACAGAUGCAGUGGGUCGGUUCCUGGGAAUAAACGUGGGGACACCACUUCAGCGGAAAUUGAGUAAGCUGGCGCUGCUGUUGUUUGGAAUUGCAGUAGUAUUCGCAAUCAUUGUGAUGGGCGCCAAUGACAUGCGCGAUGACAAGGAAGUGAUCAUCUACGCAGUUGCUACCGGAUUGGCCAUGAUCCCCGCUUGUCUCGUGGUCGUGUUGACGGUCACCAUGGCUAUGGGCACGAAACAAAUGGUCGAGAGGAACGUGAUUGUGCGGAAGAUGGAUUCCCUCGAGGCAUUGGGCGCCGUGUCGAACAUCUGCUCCGACAAGACGGGCACCCUCACCCAAGGACGCAUGGUGGCCAAGAAGGCCUGGGUUCCAGGGCUGGGUACAGUCUCAGUCGGAGUCUCUCGUGACCCAUUGGACCCGUAUGACGGCGAGCUCAAGGUCAUCGACGCCAUGCCCGGAGAGGGAGAAAGCGAAGGCGACACCAAGACGCCGCAAGAGAUAGUGACAAACAGUGCCCUGCUGCAGCGCUACCUGGACGUCGCAGCCAUGGCCAACCUGGCCCACGUGCACCGCUCCGAAGAAAACGGACAAUGGCAAGCCCGUGGCGAGCCCACCGACAUUGCCAUCCAGGUCUUCGCAGCGCGCUUCGACUGGGGCCGUGAAAGAUGGACCGCUGGUGACAAGCCCGUCUGGACACAGCAGGCCGAGUACCCCUUCGACUCGACCAUCAAAAAGAUGUCUGUUAUCUUCCGCCGCGACGACACCGACGUGACCUUCACCAAGGGUGCUGUGGAACGUGUCCUCGAAGCCUGCACAUCCAUCGUCUGGACCACCAACACCUCCGAACCCGUGCCCCUAACCGACGACAUCCGCAACACCAUCCUUCAAAACAUGGAAGCGCUGGCACGCGAAGGCCUGCGCGUACUCGCACUCGCCCACCGCACCAGCUCCUCCACCUUCACCGACGUCCCACCCCGUGACACCGUCGAACAAGACCUCACCUUCGCCGGCCUGAUCGGGCUCUAUGACCCCCCUCGACCAGAGACCGCCGGAGCCAUCGAAGAAUGCCACCGCGCCGGCAUCUCCGUGCACAUGGUAACAGGCGACCACCCAGGCACCGCCCGAGCCAUCGCCGCUCAAGUCGGCAUCAUCCCGGCCAACGCACAGCUCCUUUCGCGCGACGUGGCCGACAACCUCGUCAUGACAGCCAGCCAAUUCGAUUCCCUCAGCGAGUCCGAGAUCGACGCCCUGCCUACCCUCCCCGCCGUGAUCGCGCGCUGUGCCCCACACACCAAAGUGCGGAUGAUCGAGGCGUUGCACCGCCGCGGCCGGUACGCCGCGAUGACAGGCGACGGAGUGAACGACUCGCCGUCGCUGAAGCGGGCAGACGUGGGGAUCGCAAUGGGCCAAGCAGGCAGCGACGUGGCGAAAGAUGCAUCGGAGCUGGUCCUAACAGACGACAACUUCGCAAGCAUCAUCAACGGUAUCGAAGAGGGCCGUCGCAUCUUCGACAAUAUCCAGAAAUUCGUAUUGCAUCUACUGGCAGAGAACGUAGGGUUAGCGCUAACCCUACUCAUCGGACUGGUGUUUAAAGACGAGAACGGCCAGAGUGUGUUCCCUAUCGCACCGGUGGAAAUCCUCUGGAUUAUCAUGAUUACGUCCGGACUGCCUGAUAUCGGACUGGGAAUGGAGAUGGCAGCAAGUGAUGUGAUGGAUAGACCGCCACAGAGUAAAAACGGCAUCUUCACCCCGGAAAUCAUCAUCGACACCCUCGUCUACGGCAUCUGGAUGGCCGCCCUGUGCCUCAGCGCCUUCACCCUCGUCCUCUUCGCCUGGGGCGACGGCAACCUCGCAACAGAAUGCAACAGCAACUACUCGACCCCCUGCGACACGGUCUUCCGUGCCCGCGCCACCACCUUCGUCUGCAUGACCUGGUUCGCGCUGCUUCUGGCCUGGGAGAUGAUGCAUUUGCGACGCAGUCUGUUCAAUAUGCAUGACUCUACCUCCUCUUCCAAACCCAGGAAUAAAUACACGAGCUGGCUCUCCGAUAUCUACCGCAACAAGUACCUCUUCUGGGGCAUUGUGAUCGGAUUCGUGCUUACGUUUCCCGUGCUGUAUAUCCCUGUGAUUAAUGAUGUGGUGUUUAAGCAUAUCGGGAUUGGGUGGGAGUGGGGGGUGGUGUUUGUCGAGGCGGGGCUGUUUUUGGGGGGCGUGGAGGGGUGGAAGUGGGUUAAGAGGGUUUUUGUGAGGAGGUGGGCGGCGAAGAGGGGAGAUGAGAGUAAUACUAUUCAGGGGGUUGGUGGGAGUGGGAGAACUGGGGUGGAUGAGGAGAAGGGGGCUGGGGGGUUUAGUCGGUUUACGACGUUGAGUCGGGAGGAGGGGGUGUUGGGGUUGAAGAAGAUUUAA